CGCACUGUCCUUGCUUAACUCUUGCGCGUUUCUGUACCAAGCGCUCUCACCAUGAACAGACAAGGCUGCAAGACAUCCGGGGGCUUCUCCGGCCGCUCCGCCGUGGUCUCCAGCAGCAGCAGGAUGAGCUGCGUGGCCCGCACUGGGGGAGCUGGCGGAGGGGCCUGCGGGGCCCGGGGCGGAGCCGGCGGCUUCGGCAGUCACAGCCUCUACAACCUGGGCGGCUCCAAGAGCAUCUCCAUGAGCGUGGCUGGUGGCUCCCGGGCUGGUGGCUUCGGGGGAGGACGUAGCAGCUGUGGUGGUGGCUUUGGGGGUGGUUUUGGAGGUGGCUUUGGAGGUGGCAGAGGAAUGGGAGGUGGCUUUGGAGGGGCUGGUGGCUUUGGAGGGGCUGGGGCUGGUGGCUUUGGGGGGGCUGGUGGUUUUGGAGGGGCUGGUGGUUUUGGAGGGGCUGGUGGCUUUGGAGGGGCUGGUGGUUUUGGUGGCCCUGGUGGCUUUGGUGGCCAUGGUGGCUUUGGUGGCCCUGGUGGCUUUGGUGGCCCUGGUGGAUUCCCUGGGGGAAUCCAAGAAGUGACAGUCAACCAGAGCCUCCUGCAGCCCCUCAACAUGGAGAUUGACCCCCAAAUCGGACAAGUAAAGACUCAGGAGCGGGAACAGAUCAAGACCCUCAACAACAAGUUCGCCUCCUUCAUUGACAAGGUGCGGUUCCUGGAGCAGCAGAACAAGGUCCUGGAGACCAAGUGGAGCCUGCUGCAGCAGCAGGGCACCAACUCCACCACGGGCACCAACAACCUGGAGCCCUUUUUCGAGAACUACAUCAACUCCCAGAAGAGCUACCUCGACAGCAUCGUGGGGGAGCGGGGCCGCCUGGACUCAGAGCUGAGGAACAUGCAGGACAUGGUGGAGGACUUCAAGAGGAAAUACGAGGAGGAAAUCAACAGACGUACAACCGCUGAGAAUGAAUUUGUGACCCUGAAGAAGGACGUGGACGCGGCCUACAUGAACAAGGUGGAGCUGCAGGCCAAGGUGGACGCCAUAAUGGACGAGAUCAACUUCCUGAGGAUGCUCUAUGACUUAGAGCUGUCCCAGAUGCAGUCCCACACCAGCGACACGUCCGUGGUCCUGUCCAUGGACAACAACCGCUUCCUGGACCUGGACAGCAUCAUCGCCGAGGUCCGCGCCCAGUACGAGGAGAUCGCAGAGAGGAGCAAGGCCGAGGCCGAGGCCCUGUACCACAGCAAGCUGGGAGAGCUGCAGAACACGGCCGGCAGGCAUGGAGAUGACCUGAAGAGCACCAAGUCCGAGAUCAUGGAGCUCAACAGGAUGAUCCAGAGGCUGCGGGCCGAGAUCGAGAGCGUCAAGAAGCAGAAUGUCAACCUGCAGGCGGCUGUUGCUGACGCCGAGCAGCGCGGGGAGCUGGCCCUCAAGGACGCCAACGCCAAGCUCCAGGAGCUUCAGGUUGUCCUGCAGAAGACCAAGGACGACCUGGCCCGGCUGCUGCGCGACUACCAGGAGCUGAUGAACGUGAAGCUGGCCCUGGACGUGGAGAUCGCCACCUACAGGAAGCUGCUGGAGGGCGAGGAGUGCAGGAUGUCCGGGGAGUGCCAGAGCGCCGUCAGCAUCUGUAAGUAGCGGGAGCAACCGCGAUGGGGAGGGGGGCUGGUUCUCAAAUGCCUGUGCUGACACCGCACUGUAACUGAACCGAUUUCUGCGGGAGGCUGGGCGUCCAGGGGCUGGCAGGCAGCCAGAGACUGGCGCUUGGGAAGGUUCUGGGGGCGCUGUUGCGGGCCCUCCCCGUG